UUCUAGAAUUAUUCCGACACCAGUAAUCGUAGAAACAAGUAUAGUUACAGAUUAAAGAUGACUACGAAAAGCAUCCUGGUUUUGUGCAUCUACACCAUUUUUGUAAAGUCCGCCUUCAGCCAGUGUCUUGGUCGUGAAGCUCUCAUCGGCCCUGGUCUCGGCGGCCCAUUUGGUGCAGGAUGGGCAUACGACGGAUUCGGUCUCUUCGACGGUCUAGGCUACGGCGGUGCAUGGGGAGCCGGUCUCGGCCCCAUGGGACCAGGCCUCGCGGGCUUAACGCCAGCCACUGGACUCGCUGCAUCAUACGGUGGAGGCCUAGCUGUUACCAGCGCCUCACCCAUCGCUCCCACUGGACUCUCUGUCACCUCUGAGAACGCCAUCGAGGGCACCCUUGCUGUGGUUGGCCAGCUACCGUUCUUAGGCGCUGUAGCAACAGAUGGUGCUUUUGCUACUGUCGGUGCCGGUGCUGUGUCCUACGGCUGUGGAGACGGGGCUAUUGGCAUCGUGGCAGAGGCUCCCAUAGCUCCUGCGCCUGCUGCUAUUGCCCCAGCCAUGGGCUAUGGCCCCGCGAUUACUAGUGGACUCGCCUAUAAUGGUUUAGGACCCAGAAUGGGUCUGGGUGGUUGUGGUGCCAUUUACUAAGUUGUACAUUCUAGUCAUUAAAUAAUCUUUUUAUUUUUAA